UCUCUGUGUGCACUAACCUAAAGUAGGACAGGACUGAGGGGGAAAAAAAGGAUGACGGACAAACAGAGCCACGAUACUGCGACUGAGAGUGUUCCUAACUGUGGAACAGCCCCAACAAUGUAUGAUCCCCCUCCAUACAUGCCCCCUCCGUAUCCUGUGGUCCCUGUCAUGUACCCCACACCCAAUCUUGCACAAGGUGGCUAUGUUGCACCCAACCUGCCACCAGAGGAGGCCGGCUUCAGCAAAACAGAAGAACCAAGUGCAUCUGUAGUCAUGACAGGUGUCUCUUAUCCAGCUGAGGAAACUGAAAUGUUUGUGUCAGCAUUUGAGGAUGAAACGAUUCAGAAAGCUUUUAUAAGGAAAGUGUUCAGUGUGGUAACACUGCAGUUGCUAGUCACCUUCACUGUGGUCUGUGUUUUCACCUUCUCAAGCACAGUCAAGGCAGCUGUGCAGAAACAUAUUUGGGUGUACCUCAGCUCAUACAUUGUCUUUACAGUGGUGGGUGGGUGUCUUGCUAUAUUUUCCAAAUUUAGUCGUGCUCAUCCCUGGAACCUGCUGGGACUGUCAUUGGUCACUCUGAGUCUGUCCUACAUGGUGGGAACUGUAGCCUCAUAUCACAACACAACUUCUGUGAUCAUUGCUUUAGGAUCAACUCUGGUCAUCUCAUUUACCAUCAUCAUUUUCUCAGCCCAGACUCGUGUGGACUUUACUAUUUGUAAUGGCAUUCUGCUUGUACUUUCUGUCGAUUUACUCAUGUUCGGAUUCUUCAGCAUCUUUUUCUACUCCAGUGUUCUGCAAAUUGUCUAUGGAUGUCUGGGAGCCCUUCUUUAUGCACUGUUCCUGGCAGUGGACUGUCAGUUGGUGAUGGGCAGAGAGAAAUACAGCCUUAAUCCUGAAGAGUACAUCUUUGCUGCUUUAAUAAUCUACCUGGAUAUCAUUAUGAUAUUCCUCUACAUACUUAUGAUUUUAGGUGGAGGUUCCAAAAACUAAACCCAUACAUAUAUAUCCAUGCACACAUACAUGCAGACACAAACACAUUAACAUAUUCAGUACAUUACACACACUCAGUGGCGCUCCAAAUCUGCACACAGUAUAAGCACAGUACAUGAAAUCUUGUUUUCAAAAGGAUUUAAGCAAACCACAGCAGUUUAUCCAGAAUGCUGCAGCCUGGCUGAUAUUCAACUGACCAAGUGCUCUCACGUCACACCUCUGCAACACGCUACAAAAAUACUUGUCCUGGCAUGCAAGGCAGUCAAUCAAUGGACAUGCACUCUCCUACACAGUUUCUUGUUCCUGUUCUGAUGCCUAGACUAACCCAGUUCGACUGACCUCCACAACAUGCUUUGUCACACCCUCACCUCAUAGCCCCUCCAACAGAGCUAAGAAAUUUGCUUACUCAAAUAGUAGAAUCAACUUCCCCUACACAAUCUUCAUUCGGGUGCAGGUUCAAGGCUUGUCUCUUUAAACAAUAUUUGGAUUAAUUUAACAAUAGCUUGUGGUGGCUAUUAAAAAGAUGGAACUUGUUUAUAUUUGUUCAGGGCACACUUCUUUUACUAGCAGAUAAUCUUUAUGUAUGUCAUCUGUUGAUCACAAUUUGUGAAGCUAAAGCACUUAUUGUAAGAUGCUUUGGAUAAGAGUUUUUGCUUAAUGCUUUAAAUUUAAAUGACUAGUUCCCAGUAAUAAACACAGAAAACAUGUGGAUCAUGAAAUCCUUUAAAACUUAUACUCCACUAUAAUAAUGUGAUUGUACUCUUUCUUAUUUAUGCUUUAAUUAAAUCAAUGGUAAUGCUUUCCAAGGUUCCAUUUGUUAACAUGAAAUAACAAUGAACAAUACAUUUUACAGCACUUCUUAAUAUUGGUUAAUGUUAAGUUCAACAAAUACUAACAUCUUUUUUUAAAUGAAAUGUUCUUAAUUAUAUUGCACUAUGAAAUAACAUGAACUAACAAUGAACAAUUGCAUUUUUUUUUCAUUAACGCAUGCUUUUAUAUGCAAUAAAAAAAUGUAUGUUCUUUAUUUGUUCAUGAUACGUAAUGCAUUUACAAAUGGUAACAAGUACAACCUUAUUGUAAAAUUUUAC